CGUGCCCUCAUUCAGUGUUCGCGGAGACGAGGUUCCCUAGCGGCGGCCAAACCCACCGAGUUUCUUCCGUCGCGGGGCGUCGGCAAGAACGAAGAGUUGUCCCCUUGAACGAUGGAUUUUAGGCUGGCAUGAACGUUCGCCUCCUUCGAGUGAGCUUCACCUCAGCGCAGCGCGCGCUAGCGCCGCCGGAGACGCUGGUUUCGCCGCUGAAAGCCAAUCCAACCAAAAGCGCUCGCAGGUGCACGAUAUACGUUGGCCUGUGAAUUGACGUCGCCGGAUUCAUCUCGCCGAAGCCGUACUACCACAUAGCUGAAAGUGUGUGUGUCUCAAGCGGACGUCGUUGAUAGCGCCGGUGACCGAUCGAGCCCAAGAUGAACGGAGGAGCGUACGGCGCUGGCAAGGCCGGUGGAGGCUUCGACCCGAUCGGAUUCGCACUAAAACCGCAAGUCAUGCUUAGGAUAUUAUGCUGGUUGUUUGCCAUUGUGGUGUUUGGGUGCAUCUCUUCUGGUGCCUGGGUGGACGAGCGGUGCCAAUACAACAGCGACUCCAAUGCGUGCAACUUUGGCGUGGCAGUUGGCGUGCUCGCUUUCCUCGGCAGCUGCGGCUUCCUCGCCAUUGAGGCCAUGUUCGAGAACUUCUCCAGCAUAAAGAUCCGUCGCCGGGCUGUCGUAGCUGACAUGGCAUUUUCUGCCCUGUGGGCAUUCAUGUGGGUCGUGUGCUUCUGCUACCUGUGCGAUGCCUGGCGCAAGUCAGACAUGCCGAGCGACGGCUACGGCCUCAACAACAUCCGGGCAGCCAUCGCCUUCAGCUUCUUCUCCAUCUUCACAUGGGCGGGCUGCGUGUUCCUGGCCUACCAACGCUACCGGCAGGGCGCCGACGCACCCUUCAUGCCGAGCUACGAGGCCGACCCCACUGGCAUGGGAGGCGGCGGGGGCACACCCUUCACGGGCGGCUAUCCUGGGGACAUGGGUGAUGCCUACCAGGAGCCCCCCUUCUCCACCAAGGCUGACCCCGGAGGCAUGGGAGGCAUGGGCAGUGGGAACUUCCAGGCACCGGCCUACUAGCCCGCCCCCCCCCCCCUCCAUCGUCUGUGAUCCCUUUAGCUCCCUCUUUUUGAGCCCUCUCACUCUCCUCCUCGACCUGCAUACGUGUCUCUAGCCAAGGGGAGGGGAAAAACAAUGAUCUUUGUGUCGUUACAUGUGUCGACCAUGUGCACAAGGGCAGGACCUCGUACUGUGCAUGCAGCUGGGAGGCCCCCACUGCUUCAUAUCUUUGCCAACCAGAGACAGUGAAAGGGAAAAAAAAUUUUGAGCCAAGUGGUGUACCACGAAGUGGUCUAUAACCAUUCUAUACAGAGUGUGACCAGCGUGUUUGUUCCUAGCUAGGAUGAAGGUACAGCAACAACUCCAGGAGGACUCUGGCUGGAACUAUAUAGCUAUUGGGCAGUAUUGUGAGCAGUUUGUCUGUUUUGCAACAACUGAUAUCAGCGCUGCUCUUGCAUUGCUUUCAGGUUGUGCAAAUUAAUUACAAGCUCACCAACUGUUUGUGGAGCAUACUUUGAAGCAAAAAAAGGAAAGAGAAUUCUGACUGGACAGUGAAGCUUCAGAAAUGUGUUACUUAGAAAAAAAUAGGCAUAAAGCACUUUCCUGAGUUGCCACUGGGUGGCACUACAAUAAGUUAUUAUUAAAAAAAACUACAUUUCAUGAUUUUAUAUUAGGAACGAGGCCUUGCAGCUGUGCACAGUGGGAGACUCGGCACUGGGUGUAAGUUACUGUAUGUAUAACAGCCCAGAGGAAAGCAUAGCACCUGCUCCGACUUGGCAUGAGGCUGGGAACAAAGGCAGGAUUUAUGAUUGCAAGCAAAUCAUACUUAGUUUUAUGGUCACAUCCAACUCAUUACCGGCUCUAUUCCCUGGCUUGUACUUAACCGGCAGUAUUGGCAAAUUUGCCCAACAUAAAAUUCACCUCGCAGUCGAUGCGAACCAUGGCUGGCUAAAAUUUUGGCCCACCUGUGCUGGUGUAGUUAGUGCGCAGGGGUCAUGCUUUUUUUGAGGGGCACUGUGAAUGGCUGUGCAGAUUCUAAGUGAACUCUGGGUUGUGUUGAACAUAACGUAGGUCUCCCCGAGGCAAUCUAGUCAAGUAAAACACACUCUCGCUGUUCCCUACGAGAGAGUUCAACUGUUGUCUCUCAGAGACUAUGCAUACAGGAAUUACUGUGUAUCUAGGAAAUGAAUCGCACUUCACCAGCAAGUGUACCAGAGCCACUAUUCUGUUGGCAGCCUGAAUAUGUUAGAGCACGAGAAUACUGACAAACAUUUCCUGUGCUGGGAUUAUGAAAUUGCACAUGUGAACUUAACAAACACUUGAUGCAUGCUCAAUGCAUGCCGAAUACCUGCAAGGAGUGGCGUGGUGCACACUUGCGAGAACAAACGUUGCGAAAGACGGCACGUACGUUCACAGACAGCAAAAGCCACCAUCUUCGUGGCAGUUUUCAGAGUUACAACAAAUCGCCAUGCUGAAGAUCUGGCAUGUCACAAAUCUGACCGAAAAAUUGACCCUCGUCGCUCCAAAAAAUAAAACCCCAUAUUACACUUUUUCCUACUCUAUAAUAGAAUGCAACUUUUUCUCACCUUUUCAGGUGCAGUCUCUCGGUGUCAAUUACUGGUGUAUUUAUUUUGAUGCAUGCCCUGUGAUUUCAUGUCAGGAAAGUCAUGAUGAAUAGUUUCACAGCACUUCUGCUGUGAAUGUGGCCGGCUAAAAAAAAAUUGCAGACGAGGUCGAUGAAAAUGUUAUAGAACGAUCAAGAUUACUGAUUGAUUAGUGGAGUGUUGUGACGUAGGGGUCAAGGAGUGGCCAAAGAGCACCAUAUGAUAAAGAUUACUCCUAACGGGUGUGAUUUCAAAGGGCGUACAGGCUCUGAACACACUCAUUGAAAGCAAAGUGCCAUUAUGAGGAACUGCUAUUGUCCAAUAAAACCAAUGGCGAGAAUAUUUCCCGUUAUAGAAAAGCAUGGUAUUGCAACGUUCCACGAAAACCAUGAAGAGCGAUGCCAGCAAUGACUGUGGCUUUGCAAAAACGUGCCACUUUAUGGACAAAGUAAAAGACGUGCAACCUUCGCAUGACUCAAGCUCUUGUAUUUCCAUACUAUUAGAAGCAGACCAGAUCAUGUGAACUAUUGAGCACUGCAUUUGCUCCUGUUGGAAGCUCUACUUUGAAAAAUUCUGGCCUCGCACUGUUAAAUGCUGCUGCAAACUUGUACGUGUGUGGCCUCUAAUAUUCCAAGAAUUUCUGCCAUUCUUUAUAAAUGCAAGGCACUUGUCUGCAAAGUCUUGAAAAAAACUGCCUUGCAGCCUCUAGUGUAAUGUUGUUGUAACUUUUGCUUGCCAGUCUGUUCCACAAUUUAGUAGCAUAUUGAUGCUACUAAAUUGUUGGCAAAAGUGAGUGUCAUAGCGAUUGUUCGAAUUACCAAGUUAUUGCCUUGAUGAUCUCAUUUGAAACUAAGCAUUGCUUUGAAUUGCAAAGGUCAGUAUGUGCAGUCAGAGCCAAAGGCUUGUGGAUCGUGCGCAUGCGGAAAAGCCUGAAUUUCAUCAUAGCCCUGCCAUGCAUACAACUUUAAUGUCGUACUGGCCAGCAAAUUUAUUCCGUUGAAAAUUAUGGCACGUCACUCGUUUCCUGGUAGUGUUUGCUGAAUUGAAUGAAACUCUGGCACACUUGGCUUGCGCAUGGUCCGGAAACUUCUGCGUGCAACCUCAAGUCAACGUCUGGCUGCUGGCAUCUGCCCUUUGCGUGUUCUACGUGAUAUGUGCAACUAAGAUGCACUGUCACUCUAGUCAAGUGGAAUUAUAUUUAGUCACAUUUCGAUGCCUAGGGCGCAUCGGCACGGCAGCUUGUUGCCCGUGUUUCUAAUGAUCUCGCUCAAAUAUAUGUCGCACUGAUAUUCAUUUCCAUUUUGAAUGCGGCCACCAUCGUGAAAACGUACCGUGCAGUCCACUGUGUACAUUCCUACUGCCGAAUGGUUGCGCUGUAUGAGAUUCCUGCUGUUCGCGCAGUGCUGUUGCGGUGACAACGGUGCACAACAUGCAAACUGGCAUAACCUCUUCAUAUCUAGUCUCUGCCAAGAGCGCCCUACUCGUGUGCAUGUGAAAGUGGAUGCCGCCAACAUUCCACGCUGUUUCUGUAAACCUGUUGAGACUUUGUCCCAGCUUAUCUCUUGUCAUUCAGGAGCCACACCCACCUUACAAGACGUCAGCCUGUGACAGUGUUGGAAUGAUGCACAACCACGCUUGCAUUCUUGAUGCUUCUAUUAGUUGUUUUAAAGCUCCGCCGUGUCUUAAAACAGUCGUCAUCCGUGCCCAUACAUCACUGCUCCCUAUCUUUGUGAACUUGCGAUUUCUUCCGUCAUGCGAGUUUAAAAAAAAAAGGACUGCAAUAAUGAAAACGUAUUUUUGUGCAAGGCGUGCACACACACAAUAGACACCCGCAAUAACCGUGCCUCUGAAGGAAACUUUAGGUCGGCUGUCGUGUGCUGUCUUUGGGUCGAUCAAAAAACAUACUGUCCCGCUCCUCGGCGGUUAACCGACGAUCCACACAGCUUUUCUGACUUCCCAACAACACUGCACUCAUCUACCAAUACAACAUAUCUGCAUACUGGUAACUGCUCCAACUCAGUUUUUGGUGAACAAGGCCUUGUUGUUUGAUUAUAUUCAUCGAGACGAGUCGCUCCGCAACGGCAUGGCAUCAAAAUAUGUUGGCACAUUUUAAACAAAAUGUCCUACUAGGUUCUUGGAAGGUGGUACUCUCUGAAACCUCGUUAACCGAGAACCACAAUUCCCGUCUUGCCAACGAUGAAGGAUACCGAAAGUUACAACCACCGUUUGCUGUAGCGUGCAUGGGCCACAACCUUUCCGACAGGUUUUCCUUCCACGACGUACGCAUACGCAUAACUUUGUGCAGCAGUUGUGGCGAUUGACCAGACUGACAGAACUUUCAGCUCUUUACUGCUUGCUGUCCUAUAGUCAUGCUGUACUACAGAGGCUUAGAGAUCUCCCUUUAUGCAAUAUGUUGAUCUGUUUUUCUGCCUUCGUGCAUCCUUCUAAAGUUUUUUCCACGCAUGCUACACUCAAUGCGAACCAAACUCGAUGCAGGCCGGACACUGCUUCAUGUUUCUUUCAAGUACACUUGACUUCAGUGCCAUGGCACUCAGCUAAACAGUCAGUGCUGUAAUGUUGCUUGAUGAAUUCCAUACGAAUAAACUUCAUGGCAGAUUAAAAAUGGCCAUGUUACAAGAGGUAUUGCAGUAGAUGCAGCAAAUCCGAGCUGCAAGAAAGGAAGACGCUGGAAGAUGUCUCUAGUUGUCGUGGCCUUUCUGCUUUAUGGCUUGUCCUUGCACAUGCAACUUUUUUACACACCAUUUCAUUUUGCGCUGAGCGAUGUUCAUAAGCGUCAUAAGGAGACUGCCACAAUCACACUGUUUUCUUUGCAAUUGCAUUCUGAAAGCUUUUACUGCCAUAGAUCAUGCUUCUUCAGGACAAUGCCACUAAUUAGCAAUCUUACUAUUACUGUUUUCUUUCUUUUUUCCCCGCUGAUUGAGAUGUCCAGAAUAUUUCCAUCACAAAAAAUCAAAGCUGUUAUCAAAGUGUUUAGGGAUUGUCACCACUGUACACACACGCGCACACACUCACGACACCCUUAGCGAAAAAUGAAUGCUUUUCAUAUUAGCGUCUGCAGCAAAACAAAAGUGUGCCAUCACAAUGUUGGAGGGAUUAUAGUUUUAUGCAGAGCCGUCGAUGGCCUGAUCACAUGUUGUAAGCAUGCCAUGUUAGCUGCUUUCUCGUGCAAAAUACCAUGCUUGGAAUGAGAUGCAGGCGUGUUGGCUGGUCUCUCUGCUAACGUUGUUUACUGGUGCCCAGCGAUGAUGAAGCACCAUAUUUUCGCAGCCAUAACGUGUGGUGAUGUUCAAAGUGGCUACUGAAAAUAUGCUAGCUUGGCCAGCAUAAACGGCCCCGGUGGGCAUGUCAUUGUAUCGUGUGAAAACAAGGCCAGAGGUCUGCUGAGGAACUGAACAGAACGCACACCAAGUUAUUCCACAGACGCUUUUUUCUUUUCCUACAAUGCCUCUACUUGAUUGCACGGGUGCUAACGGCCCCGAACGUCUUAUAAGUGCGCACUGACCGUAAUAAAUGUGGUUCAGCUUCAAAAUCGCUCUACUGGAAGUUCCUGCUGCUUGCAGUUCGCAGCUGCAGACCAGACGACUGUAAGAUUAUGGCAGCACACGAGGAUCGCGAAAGCUGCAGGGUGUAGCGCAGCCGACGGAAGCGAUUAGCCCGUCGAUUCCAUCUAUCUGCAAACUUACUUCAUAUUUGGCCUUAAGUGUGAUGGAGCCCUGAUUGAGCAGACAUUAAACACACCCAAAGGAAAAGGCGUCUUGUAUUAUAUUCUCAAUGUAAACAAACCAAUUCACUGGUCUAUGUUGUAAAUAUUACAGUGUCUCUAUCUCUGUUGCGUGCCUGUACAUAUACGCUUGUGAAAUCUGUGUUUGCAUAUGCCGUGUUUAGUGUGCACAAGACAUUUGCAAGCAGGCUGGCGUUGUUUUAAGCGUGUGUUCUCUGCAGCACGGAGCAGCUUCCAGUUAAUGAUGAGCUACAGGAAGACGGGCGAUACAUUUCUCAUGCAGACUAGGCUUAUGGAUGUCAUUUUUUUGCAAGUGUCAUUGUAAUGACUACUAGUGGAUGCCAUCUAUCAGCCUGUUUUUGCUUUUCUUUUGUUUCAUAAAAGUCUCUUCUUUCAUUGUGGCUCAUAUGCCCCCAAUGCCUAGACAUUGCAUUGCUUUCUAGGCUUUGCCACAUGCCUAAUGAGGCAAGAACGUGAAAGAGGCUUAAAAUUUGGCACCCAGGCCUUGGGUUUCUAGGAUGCACGUGCUAUUUAAAAAGAAAAUUGUGGCUGCAGCACCAACCCAAGGUGUGGCUUACGUUUGACUACUGGCUCGAACAACAAUUGAAGGUGAUUGCAUACGCAAGGAUCUAGGUACCCAUUUGUGAACUUUCCGUUAUUCAGUUCACCGCAAAGGCUUAUUUGUGUACCACUAGUCUUCAAAUCAAUCUGAAUACGCGUGGGCGUAUAAUUGCAAACAGCAUGGGUAGGCCGUGUAGCACACUUCUCGCCACAUCAAAAAAAGAAAAAAAAAAAACGACUCCACUUAGUGCAACUUCAAGCAUUGGGGAAAGUGCAGUAUGCGUGAAUUACUUAUGAAAUGCACGGCAGACGUGAUCUCGUGGCUCUGACAUUUAUUUCUAAUAAUGCAGCUGCUUUCACCAAUACACGGAGGCUUCCUGUGGGUUUAGCGUGCUGCAAUCAUUUUAGCAUACCUUCAGUUAUCACUGGUCACAUUCGAUUUUGCUGUCGCGUGCACCUCUUGUACGAGUUUGUUUCAUCAGCAGUGUGUUUGUGACAUGAGUGCAUUUGGUUAUUUCAUGUGAGGUUCUGCGAGGGUUUGGUAAUUUCGUUGAUAGUGUCACGAUGGCGAUAUAAUAAUACAAAAGCUCUAGAUGAUGUUUGUGCAUGUGCACGCGUGUGAUAUAACUAUUAUGUAGUUCAAGGAAGCAGCAUAUUAGUGUAACUAGUUGGGAAGAAAUAAAGGAUGCUGUCACGCGA